AUGCGCGCCAUCGAUGGCGUCGACGCCGCGGACACCGACGCGAACGACGUCAACGCGCCCCUCCUGCCCGACGACGACGACGCGGUGACGACGAGCGAGGAACACGCGCGCGAUGAAGAGAUUCAGGAAGUCACGGACGCGUCGAGUCUGCGACUCUCGCGCGCCGCGCUGCACGUCGCCGCGCUCGGCUCGCCGCUCAUCUUACAGUACAUCUCCACGUCGACGUCGCAGACGUUUCAGCUCGGGUUGUUGAGUCGAGUGGGUGGGGAGCGCGCGGUGGCGGCGUUCGGUUUGGGAACCGUCGUCUGCAGCGUCACGGCGCACUCGGUGAUUUGGGGACUGGGAAGUGGCGUCGACACGACGAGCUCGCAGGCGAACGGGAUGGGCGCUAAAAGAGCGAUCGGGGAGACGGCGUUGCGGGCGACGGUCAUUCUUUGGACGUUAGCGGCGACGCCGGGUGGGUUGAUUUUUUGGAACGCGGAAAAGUUAUUGUCGACGGUGGGCGUCGAUGCGGAAGUGGCGGAAGCGGUGCAGGCGUUCGCGCGAGUGCGGAUUCCGGGACUUUUCGCGCAGAGCGUCACUUGCGUGGCGUUAAAAACGAUGAUGGCGAUGAAAUUGUCGGAGCGAGUGGGGACGCUCUCUGCGAGCACGACGCCGUUGAAAUUCAUAGCGCCGUGGUUCUUCGUGUGGCGUCUGCGGAUGGGAUUACACGGCGCCGCAGUGGCUUUGACGUGCAUCGAUUUCGGCACGAUGACUAUGUACCUCACCGCGUUCUUGACUAGUCCGUGCUGUAGGGAGACUUUGCGGGGCUGUCGGCUGUCCAAGGUGUUCGAGGAUUGGGGCGCUUUUUUGCGGCUCGCCGUGCCCGGAUUAUUCAUGAGCGCCAUCGAGUGGUGGUCGUGGGAUUUCAACAGCGUCUUGGCGUCCAUGUGCGCGAACGCGACGCUGGAGUUGGCGACUCAGGCCUUCUUAGCAAAUACGUACUUUUUUUUCUACUCGUGGGCGUGUGUGUGGGCUCGCGGGGCGAGCACGAGCGUGGGAAACGCGUUGGGCGAGAGAAAAAUUCGAGAUGCCGCGACGCUUGCGCGCGCCACAGCGGUUUUGUCCCUGAGCUUUGCCUUGGUGAGUGCUAUGUUGUUUUUCAUCGGCGCCGACGCUCUGUUCGCGACUUACACGCAAGAUGACAGCAUAACACGAAGACUCGAUCAGCUCGUGCCGUUGCUCACGCUUUUGAUCGCCACGGACGGACUGCAGGUCUCUCUCAGUGGGGUCAUUGUCGGUGCCGGGCAGCAAACCGUCAUGACGCCGGUGCUCGUGUUCUCGUACUGGUGCGUCGGGAUCCCUCUUGCGGCGUUCCUAGGGAUCGGGCGUCCAAAACUCGGACUCGUAGGUAUAUGGAUCGGUAUACUGGUGUCAAGCGUUUUACAUUUGGUUUUCAAUGUGAUCAUCUGCUUUGCGGGAGAGAUCGGUGCGCCGUUCGCCAUUCAAUGGCAUAAAGCGAGCGAGAACGCGAUCGAGCGUCUGCGUGAUGAAGGAGCCGUGGAAGAUAAAGACGAGAGUAGCGACAAAGAGGAUAGCAAACUAGAGAGUGACUCAGACGGAAUUCUUUUACUGUAA